UGUACGUCACUGCACGGUUGAGUUCAUUGUUGUUACUUGAACCUCAGUUGUCACGUUAGCUGUUACAGUAAGAGUUGACCAUGAGUCUGCCAGCUGCCCCACCUAGCUAUGCUGAAGCUACAGCAGGAGAUAAAGAACAAGGAGCUGGUAACUUCAGUUAUGCCAGCCAGCCACCUCCGAUACCACCCCCAACCAUGCCCAUGCACCCUAGCUGGGCUUAUGUGCAUCCCGGCCCUAGUCCAGGUUAUUCCAAUGCUUAUGCUACAGACAUGUCUUCACCCUUCUCUGAUCCGAGUUCCAGCAGUAGCUUUGAUGGCCUCAAUGGAAGCAACUGGGAGGACAAGAAUGUCCGCCGCAUGUUUAUUAGAAAGGUCUUCUGUAUCCUCAUGGUUCAGCUCAUGGUCACAUUUAGUGUAGUGUCACUCUUCACAUUUUGUGAGCCAGUCCGGAAGUUUGUACAAUACAAUCGUGUUUUCUAUCUUACAUCAUACAUGACUUUCAUGGGAACAUACCUGAUGCUUGUAUGCAGCACAAAUGCUCGACGAAGAUACCCUACCAACAUGAUCCUCCUUGGCAUUUUUACCCUUGCAAUGUCCUACAUGGCUGGCAUGCUUGCCAGCUAUCAUAAUACCAAAGUGGUAAUGUUGAGUGUGGGUAUCACUGCACUGGUGUGCUUGGCCAUCACACUCUUCUGUUUCCAGUCCAGAAUUGACUUCACCACCUGUCAUGGAUUACUUUUCUCGCUCAUGAUGGUGUUGAUGAUCACUGGGCUUCUGCUUUUCUUCACCGCACCAUUUGGAUAUAUACCCUGGUUGCAUACUGCUUAUGCUGGAUUUGGUGCUCUAGUUUUCACUCUGUUUUUGGCAUUUGAUAUGCAGCUGUUGAUUGGUAACCGGCGGUACUCUUUGAAUCCUGAGGAGCAUGUGUUUGGAGCCAUCUGCCUAUACAUGGAUGUCGUCUACAUAUUCCUCUUUUUUCUUCAGCUCUUUGGGAGCCGUGAGUGAGGUGUUCGUAUAGUGCCCCCUAAGGCCGGGCGCGAGUUCAGCCUUUGUCCUCUGUUACACACAUACACAGACACACACACCCCUAUCAAUUACUCCAGGGUUUGGUGAGGAGUGAGCAGUCUUCCUUCAUUCUGUGUGACAGUUGACGUUUGAUGUGUGAUGUUGUUUUUAUUUCCCGGUCAUGGUUAGGCAGCUAUUUGCACAUGUAAGAUGCACCCUUGCUGCAAGCCAAACUGUCAAUCAGAUUAUGUAAACACAUGUUCUUUAGGGUAGACAAUCACUGCACAAAGUCAGUGUGAGAAAGGUGAUCAUUUGAGAAAAUAAUUUUUCUCAGUUCAAGUGAUUUAAACGGCCCUGAGUCAUCUCCAUAUAAAAAAUAGAAUUCCAGCAUACAAUAAGGGGAAAAAUAUUAAAUGUGUGUUUGGGUGUGAUUUUGUGGGGACUAUAGUGACAGUAUGUGUCAAUGGUAUUAUCCCUGCGUUUGCCCGUUGUAUAGUUAAUAAAAAUCUUAAGCGUGACAGGCAGCUCUUUGCUGAUGAUCACUAAAUGUAUAACAGUGUCCUAGGUUUUCAAUUAGUCAGUUUUCAGCAACAUUGUUCAGUGAAAUUAUAGCUGAUCCAGAGUGGUCUAUAUGUGAAUCUUUGUUUUCCUUUUGUGCAAUAACCUGCUCUUGACUAGAGUUCAGAGGGCAGCUGUACAUUCAGGAACCUUGUUGCGGUCAGUAAAUAUUUUGUGCCUCAUUUGAAUGCUGUUUGAAAAUGAGGUAUCAGUGUUGUUGUAUGCAGAGUUUCUUCAUGGUUACUCUACAUAUGCAGUCAGAUCUGUAAAAUAUAUACUGUGUGCCAAAUGUAACUCUGUCGUAUGAUGAUGGCAGAGUUUUUGAUUGUGGCACUUGAUUUAACAAGUCAGUCGUGAGGUCUACAAUGUAAGUCUACAAAUUGCCUGACUUGUGUAAGCUGUGUAAUGCUUGAGUGUUUUUGCUUAUUUUCAAGACUCUUGAUUGCUUAAAAAAAAAUCUCCUUUGAGUAAAAUGUUUUAGAUACUGAAUUAGCAGGCACUGGCUAAUAUGAAAAGAGAUAACUUGCUAAUAAAAUCAGAAUUUAUCACAUUCAUAAGACACAAAAGAAGGUAGGUAUCAUGUGCUUCAUACAUGGGCUUAUUUUUCAUGGGUUCUAAUAUACAGUACAUCUUUGUCUCUUAAGAACAUAUAGGUCUAGAGAUUAACUUUUUCAUUUGGAAAGGUUUUCCUUAUAUCUGAACUUAAGUUUUAUUGCAUUUUUUAGGUAAUUUAUGCUUUAACAACAUUCCUCUUUGCUUGCAUCUUUGUACUAUUUCUGUAAAUUAAACAUUUAUCUUCUAGACUGAUACUUUAUUUUGCCCAAUGGGGAAUAAGGGAUUUGAGUAGAGCCUCAUGAUCCCAUUAUUUCUUUAAGGCAUUGCUAUCAGUGAAGAUUAAGUGGCAGUUUAAAAAACACUGUAAUAUUUUUUCAAAUUUACAUUUUACAUGUGCAACAAUUGU